CGUUUGACUAAACGAGAAUUCUACAAAAUGAAUAAAUUCUUCUAUUUGACACUGUUCGCUUUGGUGUGCUUGGCGGCAGCUGGAGUUGAUCAUGUUGUUGGCGGCCAUCGGGAGCUGAGCGGCGAGGAAUUGCAGCAGGCCAUUGCGGAGUUAGACACAACGCUGGCCAAAUUGGCAACCGGUGAUGGACCCAGCUAUAAAGCUAACAAGGUGACGAAGGUGACAACUCAAGUUGUGGCUGGUUCACUUGUAACCUACACCGUUGAGCUCUCCAAAGAUGACGCCGUCAAACAGUGCACGGUGUCCCUCUGGACCCAGCCGUGGCUCGAGAAGGACGGCACCAAUGUGAAGAUUACCUGCGAGGGCGAUGAUACCAAGGUGGACACCACCUGGUAAUCACAAUUUAUGUACAAUUUCUUAAUCUUACCCGUUUGCAAUAAAAUCUCUAAGCUCUAAGUGGGAAUACCAGUUUUGCUUUAGAUAACAAAUGAA